UUUGGAGUAUUGUGAUGGAGUGGCUUUCCGAGUAGGUGGGAGUCCGGCAUUCACUACUAUUUCAAAACCGGACUCCUGAAGACCUGUUGCAGUUCAGCAGGUGAACCGUUGGCGAAUUUGCUGGAGUUAGUGCGGUUGUUGAAAAAAAAAGACAGUUCAAGUGAGUGCUGGAGUGCCUUAACACUUCUAGCCCAAGAUGUUGCCCUUCUUCGAGAAGCUCAGCUUCCUGUACCAGCCCUACGUCCUGGCCAUUGUCUCCAUCGGCUAUGUCCUGGGCGAGCUGGGCCACUACCUAAUCGGCGUCACCUCCAAAGCCAUCGCCAUGGACCUCCACUUCGGCGACAUCGCCUGCCAGUUCAACAGCACCGAGUUCUCCCUCGCCGACCUCCCAGCCACCUGCGACACCGCCAACAGUUCCGAGAUCUGCCUCUCCUUCAACAUCAACGGAACUCCUUACUGCGAAUGGAACUACAACGGUCUCGGCAUCGACUACCAAAUCCUAGCCGGGCCCACCUUCAUGGUCGUCUUCACCGUCGUGGGCGUCAUCCUCGGCAUAGCUGCCGACAAGUACAACCGGGUGCGCAUUCUGGCCAUUUGUACCAUCAUUUUCUCCAUCGCCAUUAUCCUCUGUGGGGGCGUGACGGAGUUCUGGCAGCUGGUGCUGCUGAGGAUGAUCAUGGCGGCUGGGGAGUCGGGGUGCAACCCCCUGGCCACGGGCCUGCUCUCGGACAUCUUCCCCGAGAAGCAGCGCGCGCUGGCCAUGUCCAUCUUCAACUGGGGGAUUUAUGGGGGCUACGGGAUCGCCUUCCCCGUGGGGCGCUAUGUGCCCCCGCUGAACGCCUGGGGCUUGGGCUGGAGAGUCACCUAUUACGGGACUGGGAUUGUGGCGCUGAUCGUGGGGCUGCUCACCUGGUUCACGCUGAAGGAACCCCCAAGACAGUCGAUCGGGGAAGACGCAGAGCAUGAUCCCAAUGCCAAGAAAAUCACCAUUUGGACGAUUAUUCUCGACCCGAGGAUCAUUAUGCUGUGUUUGGCGGCGAGUCUGAGGCACUGUGGGGGCAUGUGUUUCGCUUACAACUGCGAUCUGUAUUACCAGCAGUACUUCCCCGAGUAUGAUCUGGGGUGGUGGCUGUUUGCUGUCACUAUCAUUGUUGGGAGUAUUGGAGUGGUGGUUGGGGGAAUCGUCUCAGAUGUUUUCGUUGCCAAAAUGGGGAUAAGGUCGAGAGUUAUGGUACUUGCCAUCAGUCAGAUUAUUGCCACACCGGGAGCCUUCGGCAGUGUUUAUUUCAAUCCCACGUGGGCGAUGAUUUUCUUAGGACUGUCGUACUUUUUCGCCGAAAUGUGGUUCGGCAUCCUUUUCGCAAUUCUGGUCGAGAUCGUGCCUCUGCACGUGCGCUCCACCACUGUUGGUGUCUUCCUCUUCGUCAUGAACAACAUUGGGGGCAACUUACCCAUCGUUGUAGAACCAGUCUCCAAAGCCAUUGGCUACAGAGAAAGUCUCUACAUUUUCUACGCCGGUUUUUACGGAAUAAGUUCUAUUAUGUUCCUUCUGACCAUCUUCAUAAUGGAUGGUCCCAAACCCCAACCCGAGACAACUGCUCCCAAAGACGCAGGUCAUGACAAUAACAUUUUUACGACGGCUGAUGAAACAAACCUACCGACAAUCACAUCAAUGGUUGCCAACACUAAAGAUAAUACUCAAGAAACGAGCCGACUUUGAAGGGAUUACCGACUGAGUAAGGACGGGAUAAAGCUAAGGCCGGGUUUAGGCCACUGAGCUCUCUAAGACAGAAAGCUAUUAAUUAUUAAGUAUUAUUAGAUUACGAUUAUGAUUUGUGUUUUAUAAACACAUGAGGGACGUACAAAGAUUGUUAAGCGUUGUAUUUUGUUGCAUGAAUUUAAAUAAAUAGAACAAACACUU